AUGAUCUUUGAUUUUUCGUCGUCUUCUUCCUCUUCCUCCGUUUUGAACUCGACACCAAAACAAGAUUGCAACUUUCUCGUUGCAAGGAAAAGGAAUAUAUUUUCUUUUUCUUCAGCAGGAAGUAGCAGCACUAGUGAGAGUGAAGUUGAGUACAAUGUUGAAGCAAUUGGAGGAGCAAGAACAGAACUUGGUUAUAAAUUAUCCAAUGCAUCCCCACCACCAAUUCCAGUCGCUGCUAGUACAUUGGAACGUGUAAUUAUAUUAGCUACAGCAUUAUAUGCCAGUUUAAAAUUGGUCAGUAUAAUGGCAGCUAAUGAGGUUGGACGCAUUGAAGGUCUAGAUUUGAUGUUACUUUCUAUAUGGACUUGGUUUGUAUACUCAUUCGGUUUCCCGUUUUCGAAUAAUGAGGAGAAACUCUUUCAUAGAUUAUGGGGAACUGAUGAGAAAUAUUAUAGAAAUGAUGUUGAUGAUGGCGCAUUUUACGGUACAUUGUUGAUUCCAAUAGUAGCUGCUGCAAAAAUAAUAGAUGGUCAUCGUUCAUCAUCAUCACCUGAAUAUGAUGAAUCUUCUAUGGAUAUUAUUCAGGUCAAUUUUGAACUCUGUUUCAUUAUGGGAUGUGGCCUUUUACUUCAUAUGUUCAUGUCCAAGCAAAUAAACGCGACCAACUUGGGAUCAAUUUGGACAAUGAUCAUAAUUACAAUUCUAUCGAUACUAUUUGCCGCUUUUAUGGCAGCUAUGGGACUUUUACCUCUUUUUCAAAGAUUACCUUGGCAACAUAUUAUAUUUUCACAAUUUUUCUAUCAAAUUUCAAUGUAUGCCAUUGCAAAAUCAAUGAAAAAAAGUUUUACAUUUGGUGAAUUGGCGGUUGUUUCACAGGCUUUAACGUUACUUGCAGUUGAAGCUUGGCUAAUAACGAUGAAUAAGUUUGAAUUACUUAAACUAUUUCCUUUACAAAAUCAUAUACCAAGUAAUAUAGUCAUCUUUCAAAUUGCUCUUAUUCUUGGUAUAUUAUUGAUAGGAAUAGUUUUAUCACCGUUUCUUAUACGUUCAAGACAGCUAGCACAACAACCGACUUGGAAAAAUAAGCACACACGUGGCCUUAAUAAUAGAAAGAAAAAAGUUGCCUUUAUUAUUUAUUUUAUUACUGUACUUAUGAUCGGUUCAAUUGGACUUUGGUUGCGACCUUUUUUGAAUAUAGAUCCUUAUACAUGGACGCUUGGAUUUGUUAUAGAGAAAAAAGCACGAAUAUUUUUGUGUAUAUAUUGGAUAGGGUUAAUUGUACUAUCCCUUGGUUUAUUUAUUCAAUUGUCUCAAGCACGUAAAAUUUAUUCUUUAAAUACAAAACGAAAAUAUUUCCACUUUCUAGCAUUAAUCAUGUUUAUGCCAGGAUAUCUAUUCGAGUCAAUAUUUAUGCAUUUAGCAUUUAGUGUAGCCUUUGCUGUGUUAAUUUAUUUGGAAUAUUUGAGAUAUUUCGCCGUCUUUCCGUUAGGAAAACAACUUCAUGUAUUUCUCAGCGAAUUUUUAGAUUCUCGUGACUCGGGGCCAUGUAUUUUAAGUCAUAUAUAUUUACUCGUUGGGUGUGCUGGUUGCAUUUGGUUGAAUGGAACUUCAACAUUAGCAAAUAUUUCUGGCAUCUUUACUUUGGGACUUGGUGAUGCAAUGGCUUCUAUAAUUGGAAGAAAAUAUGGAAGGCAUAGAUGGCCUGGAUCUUUUAAAACUAUCGAAGGAUCAAUCGCAUUUGUUGUCUUUAUAAUGAUCGGGGCAGCUAUAUUAAAUCUAACAGCAUCAUCCAAUAUAUGGGCGGAUUCUACACAAUGGUUUAGUUAUAUUCUGGUGGUUUCAGUAAUUGCUCUCUUAGAGGCAGUAACUUAUCAAAAUGAUAAUCUCAUACUUCCAUUGUUUAUGUGGUCUUUGGUUAAUCUUAAAAUAUAA